GUAUACGUUGUUGCUGAGUUGUCGGAGAGGGAGGAGGAAGAAGAGUACACAGAGGAGAGGCCACUGUGGACUAAAUAAAACAUUCGAAGGUGGAGGGGGCUAAAAGAAGGGAAUAACAAGUCAUGGCUUCGGGGGACACCCUGUACAUUGAGGCGGACGGCUCCGAAAUGCCGGCCGAAAUAGUGGAACUGCACGAAAUCGAAGUGGAGACCAUCGAAACAACAGUUGUCGGGGAAGACGGCGAGCACCAGCCUAUGAUCGCCUUACAACCGCUUGACACGGACGACCCGCACUCGAUUCUCCCGCACCAAGAGGUGAUUCUGGUGCAGACCCGGGAGGAGGUGGUAGGCGAGGACGACUCGGAAUUGCACACGGAUGACGGCUUCCAAGACCAAAUCCUCAUCCCGGUGCCCGCCGUGGAGGAGGACUACAUCGAACAGACUCUGGUCACAGUCGCGGGGAGAAGCUCGACAACGGGCCGGAUGAAGAGGGCUGGAAGUGGCAAGAAAUCGGGCAAAAAGAGCUAUCUAAGCGGCGCCGACAUGGGCAGAAAAUGGGAACAGAAGCAAGUGCAGAUCAAGACGUUGGAAGGAGAGUUCUCCGUGACGAUGUGGGCUUCGGAUGACAAGAAGGACAUUGACCAUGAAGAGCAAAUCACGGGUGAAAACUCUCCUCCUGACUAUUCAGAGUACAUGACGGGGAAGAAGCUGCCUCCAGGGGGCAUCCCGGGCAUCGACCUCUCGGACCCCAAACAGCUGGCAGAAUUCGCGAGAAUGAAGCCAAAGAAAGUGAAAGAAGACGACGCACCCAGGACGAUAGCCUGUCCACACAAAGGCUGCACCAAGAUGUUCCGGGACAACUCUGCGAUGAGGAAGCACUUGCACACCCACGGGCCUCGUGUGCACGUCUGCGCCGAGUGCGGCAAAGCCUUCGUGGAGAGCUCCAAACUGAAAAGACAUCAACUCGUACACACAGGAGAGAAACCUUUCCAGUGCACGUUUGAGGGUUGCGGCAAGAGGUUCUCCUUGGACUUUAACUUGCGCACGCAUGUGCGUAUCCACACAGGGGACCGCCCGUACGUGUGCCCCUUUGACGGCUGCAACAAGAAAUUUGCCCAGUCCACCAACCUUAAGUCUCACAUCCUCACACACGCCAAAGCAAAGAACAAUCAGUGAACGGACCCACGGUGACACAAGCGUACACUGGACUGGAGGACACGCCACAUCUCCUUGACAGACAAUGUUCCGUGCGGCCUGCUUGCUUGUGAGAUAACAGAUUGUUGCCCUUUGUAUAAUCUUUCAACACAGACCUUUAACAGACUUUCUCUGUAUGCGUGUGGAGAUGAGAACACUGACGUUCGAGGCUGUCUGACUCCGGCUUAUCGAAUUGAACUCUUUCUACUUGGUUCUCUGCACCUACAAAUUUAUUUAUAUAUCGGAACACAGUCAGCUGCAAUGUUUUACAUUGAAAGUCAAACAGUUGCAAUGCUCGUCAGCUAGCAGCGACCCUUUUUCAAUUUUCUACUCCUCCCAAGUGUGCAUAUUGUACACUGAUUGACAUUAAUGCUGUGCUGAUUGAGAGGAUCCUGUUGCUCUUCCUUCAGUUUUACUUUCCUUUGUGUUCGAAAGAGGGAUUUAUUUUCAUUUUGUACAACGCAAUAUCAGUCAUGUUGUAGAUAACAGCCAUGUGACUAUCCAUAGAGAUCGCUGAUUAAAAUGUUUUUUCCCUUA